UAUAUAUUUUUUUUUUUUUGUGUGUGUAUCAAACAGAAUAUUAACUGAAACUAAUUGGUCGAGGAAUCAUAUACAUAUGUAAGGCCUUUUAAAUGAACUUGAACUAUUUAAACUAGAACACGUACUUUUGAAAACCUUGGACUAUGAAUUGAAAUACUAUGUGCUUGUUUCAUGGUAUUGUGACAUAUAUACAAAAAUAAAAUGUAUAUAUACUACCUAAGGAAUUUAAAUAUACUGUAGAAUAUACAAAAUGAGAAACAGAUAAUUAUAUCUCCAAAAGCAAUUAACAAAAUAACCAAUAAAUCUUUGUACAACUAGUAAUAUAGAAAAAAUAAACUACAAACAUAUCUUUUAUUUUCUAAAAUAGGAUAUUUAUUUCCAAUAUAUAGAUAUAUGUACUUACGUGCUUAUAUCCUAGGUUGCACGAAAGCUUCAUCGGACAUCCGCUUCCCGCUUCGGAACAAAAAUCGAAAAUCGGAACCUCGUGGAAGCUUACAGAAUCUUGCUUCUAAAACGUUUCCAAAAUAUUUUCAGUAAAAGCACAUUGGAAGUUUACGAUUCCGUUUUGGAAUCACGCUUCCAUUUCUUUAAAACAUAAAUGUCAUAAAUAAAUAAAGAUAGAAAAUUAUAUAUAGUUUUUGGUUUACAUAAAAUCCAAAUUUUAAUAGUAAAGAAAUAGAAAUAUUCAAAUAUUAAAAUAUUAAAAUUAAUACUAUAAAUUGUUUUUAUUCAUUGACAUUUUUAUUAAAGAUAUAACAUAUAUUCAAAGAUACUGUGUCAAUUAUUUAUGAAGUACUAAAAAUAAUUAAUAUAAAAAUUUCUUUUAAACUUAGUUUAUGUGUAUUUUCACAGUUUUAAUAUGAAAUCAUUUCAAAAUUAUUAUAAAUAAACAAAUAUUUUAUUUUAAAUUUAAAUCAUAUAAUUUUUUUUCCUAUUUUUUUCUUAUAUUUUAGUAUGUAUAUGUAUAUAUAUGUAUAUAUGGAUAUACGCUUCCUACACGUAGCUGCUUCCUAAUUUUUUAGAAAAUCUUGCUUGUGCGAUUCCAUACGUUUCUGUUUCCACUUCUACGUACCCGCUUCUUUUUCCAUGUAACGUAGCUUAUAUCAAUGUAAAAGAAUUGUUAUAUUUGUUAACUAAUCAUCUCUAAUAUAGUAAAAUAGAAAUGUUGGAAACUACAAAUGUUGGAAAUGUUGAAAACCACAAACAAAAGCUAUAGCAAUUUUAACUAAAUUAAAUAUUAUUGAUUAAUAUGUAUUAUGUUUUGAAUCUCUAUAAAAAAUAUUUUUUGUCUAUUCAUCUGAUUAUCCAGAUCAUUUUUUCAUUGAUUCAGAAAAAAAUCAUUCUUAAUUCAUGAGACAGCACAUAUAACUUCCUAAUAUAACUUGUACACUUGUCUUCUUAUGUGUGACAUUUUCAUUUAUAUAUAAAACAUUCUCGAUGUUUUUCCAUCGCUGAUCUUAUUAAUAUAGAAAAAUCACAUAUGUACUACUCUUAAUGUUUAGUAUUAAAACUUAUCAGAUAUCAUAUCUAACUAUUUUCAAUUGUUAUACUUUAUUUUAUAGCUUCUUUCUCGGUACAUACUUGUUUUUAAAGAUUUUUUUCACUAUUUAAGUUUUCUGUAGAUCUUUUGCUAUUAUUUGAUAUAUAUAUAUAUAUAUAUAUAUAUAUGUGAAGAUCACAAUGAGUUGGAACCUGGAAGAGUUUGGAGUUGCUUCUUGGACAACAAUGUCUCUUCUUUUCAAUCAAUUCGUAGAACUCUUUGUUGAUGAAGAAGGAGAAGAAGAUCACAAGGCUCGCUUCGUCUUCGCUUCAUCUCCACAGAAGCAAACCCCUUAUAUGAUACUUGAAGGUGACAAAGUAGGAGAGUCUUCUUCAGAAGCGGAAAAAAUUGUUAUGAACUUCAAGUUACUUGAUCUGAGAAAGGAAGAGAUCAUCGAAGUUACACACAAGACAUUUCCAAAGUUGUUGUAUGAAGGGUCACGAGUAAUUGGAAGCUCACGUGGCUGGACAGCUUUUAUGAGCAAACAUGAUGGAACUGUCUAUCUAAGCAACGUGUUCAAUCUAGCAUUUUCUAGAGUCAUUGCUCUGCCUUCACUUUCUGAUCCUUUGCGUCUUCGAUCCACUGCAAUCGUAAAUGUCUCUAUAUCUUCUCCUCCUGACCAAGAUGAUGGUUAUGUAGUGUUCGUCAAGUUCUUAGGCAGUAACCUCUAUUACUGUAGGCCUGAUCGGGUCUCACAAUGGACACAAAUGGAUAUUGAAGGAUCCCAUGUAAACUUAUGUGACGUCAUUUAUUCCCCAAGAAACCAAAUGUUGUUCCUUGUUAUAAUAGGAGCAAGUUACUUGCUUUCUUUUGAUGUCAACAUGGAGAGAAGGUAUACGAUUUUGAACUUGAGAAAUUUGCCAAAGAUGCCACAAUCCGAGUGGGAGAUGUUGGCUUUGUGUUGCAAGAGUGAGCACAUGGUUGAGGCGCCUUGUGGCAAAUGUUUCAUAGUGAGACGGUAUGUGGAGACAUAUGACAACAACGGGAUUAUAUUCAAGAAAACCAAGCGAUUCAUGGUGUUUCUGCUAGAUAAAAAAGUGAAAGAUGGAGAAAUUACUGCUAGAUACACUAAAGACAUUGGAGAUCUCUGCAUAUUUUUUGGUACUAAUGAAACGUUUUGUGUGGAGGCAAGCAAGUAUCAUGGACUUAACCCUAACUCAAUAUAUUACAUAGGAUAUGGCCUUGGUGUUUACGAUAUCGGUUCGGGAAUAUUCUAUCAUUUUCCUUCAUAUAUGCCUCUCAAUUCGCCUCUUUGUCUCUUACCCAUCUUAUCUAAUCCUCAUGUUUGAUAAGAUUGUGAUAGUUUUUUCUCUUCAUAUAUUCUAUCAUUUUCCUUCAUAUAUUCUAUCAUUUUCCUUCAUUUUUUUGUACACCCUUUUUCGAUGUUUGAUAAGAUUGUGAUAGUUUAAUGGUAACCUUUUGGACUUGGCGUAUACUACGUCAAGUGGUUAACGAAGUAGACUGUAACAAAUUAUCGGUCCACAUUCUGGCAUUAAUCGGAAGAUUUUUAAAUUAGGUUAGGUAAAGUGAUACAUUUUUAGAAUAUCCACUCUGAGAUAUUAUUUAUAUUUUUCUUGUAACCGACGAGAUAGUAUAUAUAGUUUAUAAUAAAAAUAUGUUUUCAAAAAUAAAAAUAAAACUUGGCCAAUGCCGUACCGGUUCUUUAAGGUUUUAUAAACAAGAAAACAUGUUUUGUUCAUUUACCUCAAAGUUCAAACGACAUGAAAAGACAAAAGUUGGAGGAGUUACAAACUCAUAUUACGAGUACCACGCCAUCUUUUAUAUUUAACAUGUUUUUGGCUUACAUAAAAAAUCUAAGUGGAACUAAUAAAUUUUUACUGUUCACCAACUUUUUUUUAACAUACGUUUAUCAGGUUCUUCAGAAAUAACAAAUUUAGGAGAUAAACAAUUUAAUCUCUAAAAUGCUCAAAUUAGAAGAAAUAAAAAAAACAAUUUUUUUUUGCUGCAACUGAUCAUCCAAAAAGGAAUAUGCUGAAUAAACAAAAUAUGCUGAAUAAGGAAUAUUUAUUAUGGAAUAAUAAAUAGAAUAUUGAAUGAAAUAUGAUACAAUUUUUGAAAAUAGUAAUGGGAUAGUGAAUUUCAUUCAUUUUAUUCAUUCGUUUAUAAUGUGGAACAGGGGGGGGGAUUUUACAAAAGACUUUUCGAAUAUGUAUGAUUGUUUUAAUUUUUUAUAGGAAAUGAACAACUAAACUAUACUGUCUCCUUAGAACAAAAUCAAAUUUUGUCAUUUUAGAUCUUUACUACCCUUCUUAUAUAUAAAAAAUCAUAUCAAUAUUUUUACAAUGCAAAAAAA